AUGAUUCGCCCACUAAUCUAUAAUAAAAAACUCAACAAAAACGACUGUAGCGAUAACGAGGUUCACAAUAAUAACACCAACAAAAAUGAUACAAUUAACAACGUUAACAAAAAGUAUAUAUCCGAAUCAGUAGAAACAGCAUCAAUAGGGAACUUGGCUGGUUUCACUUACUUUCACGCUCUUUCUUAUGCAAAAAUUCGAAUUUAUUACCAAGAAGAGAAUUUACGUAACCAAGUUUUAAUUUCUUCUUUGGUCAACCGCCAUAUUAAAGCUCGAAAUGAAAGAUUAGUCAGACAACGAGCAAGACAACAACAGUUACAUGAAGAAAUUAUUGAGACUACUGGGUUAUUGACCGCUAUUGCGAAAUCUAUAGAAAUUCGGUUAGCGAGAUUAAGAAUUAAUUAG